AGCACAGCGUUCACACAGCAGCCAGGGACGGUGGACUAUAGUGGAGUGCUGCCGGCUCUCUGCGCUCUUUUAUCGGGCUUUUCUUCCGAACAUUGGACCGGUUCGGAUUGACAGGAAAGCCAUAAAGAGAAGAAACAACUACUGGAGCUGAGCAAGGAGUGCUCUAACCGUGCAGGACCGGGCACAAGUGAGAUCACCUGCCUGGGCGCGAUAAGACUUUAAGGACAAAAACAAAAGUAGAUGGAAUAAUGUGAAUCACAGCUAUUGCGUUUUAAUGUAAAGAAGGAACAGGAAAAGGGAACUCCCCGUGAAGACUUCACUUUUUUUUUUCUGCACCUGAACGUUGAGCAGAGGAUGCGCCUUUUUUUCCAAACUUUUACGCGUGUCCCGAAAGACAACUCAAUCUGAUGUGAUGUGUUUUGGGAACUGAGUCACAGCUGUUUGGAUAGACGAGCUCUGCAGCUGAGAGAAAGAGAAAAACAAAGUUCCUUAAAAGUUUCCCCUUUUAAAAAAAAAAAAAAAAAAUUAAAAAAAGAAGGAUUGAACCCCAGCAGAGAGUUGGAUAUGGAUGGUGUUGCGUCCGGAAUCCGUGUCUCGGAGCCCGCAGCUGGGAUGCACUGCGCAUCUGAGCCGCGACGUUUCACACCAUGAUGCGGGACCAAAACUGCACCUGACCACGAAAAACCUGAAUCCAAUCCACGAGGAUCUACCAUGUCCUCACUACUGACGAGGAAGCUGACUCUGUGCCAGGCCCUGACCUUUGUCCUGCUGCUGGUCGCUCCCGCCUGCCUGUCGUCCUCUCAGAGUUCCUGGGUUUCUGCAUGGCAUCCCUCCGGCGAGGCCUCAUCAGGGCGUCCGGCACGCGCCCGGCGGCAGCUGCACUUCAGGAACGAGUGGGCGACGUGGAGCGGCUGGUCUGUCUGCUCUCGUAGCUGUGGGAGCGGAGCCUCGGUGAGGAAGCGCACCUGCAUCACCAGGAACCCAGUGGGCGGGCCGUGUACAGGAGAUCCCAGACAAUACAAGAUCUGCAACACUAAGGAGUGUCCCGCCAGCUCGGAGGAUUUCAGAGAGAUGCAGUGUGCUGCCUUCAAUGACAGACCGUUAGUGGCUGGAAACACCUUCAGAUGGACCACCUUUCAUGGAGGCUCUAACCCCUGUGAACUGAGCUGCCUGGCCCUGGGCCACAACUUCUACUACAACUUUGGCCGUGUGCUCGACGGCACAGCCUGCAACAAGGAGCCUGGAGCGGUGUGUGUCAACGGACAGUGCCUGAAGCCCGGCUGUGACUCCAUCUUUGGAUCAAAGCAGCAGGAGGACGCCUGCAUGGUGUGUGGAGGACAAAACACCACCUGCCUGCACCACAAGAGCGUGUACCAGAGCAACGGUCUGGAGGCAGGGGGACCUUUUGGAUACAACGAAGUGGCCAUGAUUCCAGCUGGAGCCACUCACAUCCGAGUCACUGAUAACAGCAGGAAUUAUCUAGCCCUCCAGAACGGUCGCUCCCAGUUUGUGAUCAACGGUAACUGGAAGAUAAGCAUUCCAGGCGAGUACAAUGUAGCCGGGACGAAGCUGCUGUACCGGCGCUCUGCAGACACCUGGGAGAGCUUCGAGGUACCAGGACCCACCCAGGAAGACCUCCAUCUAAUGGUGCUGGCGACAGACAGAAACCCGGGCAUCGAGUAUGAGUACUGGCUGCCCCCAGGCCAGUACGCCCUCCACCAUGGGGGGAGGAGUCCACUGCGCCAAGCUCACCACACUGCCAACUACCUCCCCUGGGAUCAACCCACCACCACAACCGCUACCACCACAACCACCACCACCACCCGGCCUCCUCCUGUCACCACCCAACCCCACUGGUAUUUAAGGCCUGUGAAGCCGCCCCGCCAAUCUCCCCAGCACAACCGCCGCCAGCCCAGCCUGCCCCGCCUGGAGCGGCGGGAGGAGAACCACAGAAACCUCCUGCCUCAGCCUUCACCUGGAAGGCAUUGUGGGAAAUGUCGGCGAGUUAAAGGGCGAAGGGAACGCCACAGACAGUAUUGCCAGAAGGACUUUGUUUUCCGGGCCCGAGUCCUCGGGAAGCUGUACAGAGGCGAGGAGACGCGUUAUGACGUCCAGAUCAUCCACACGUACCGGAACAGCUUCCGCCUGGAGCACCGCGAGUUCUUGUGGGUCCCUAAUGUGUGUGACUGCCCCCACCUGGAGGAGGGAAGACAGUAUAUACUGAUGGUGCGUCGCCACAUUAACUAUGAGCACACGCUGAACCGCAUCCUGCUGGACGAGGAGAGCUACGCGGUACCGUACAGACCCAGGGAGGACGAGCUGCUGCGGCCGCUCGAAAGACUCUGCAGCAACAGAGGACCCAGACAGCCGGCAGAACUGACAGGACGAGUGUAGAGGCAAACAUUGGCUGAAUCUCACUCCCCUUAAAUUGCAUCGCCUGCUCCUCCCCUUGCUUCCCCUUCCUCGCGUCUUAGUCCGUCCCACCGAGGAAGCAUGGGAGAGAUGCGAGGAAAUCGCGCGAGGAGAGAGGAAACGAGGAAAUCGUGCGAGGAGAGGGAUGAGACGUCCCUUCCUCUGAAGUAGGGCUGCACGAUAUGCUGAAAAUAUGCGAUACUGUUGUAGAAUAUCGCGAUAACGAUAUUACUUGCGAUAAAUGAACAGAUAUUAAAGGGUACUCAGUUCUGCAGUUCUGCUGCUUUCAGUAUUCUUCUAAAAUACAACCAAUGGCUUGUUGAAUUUAAAACCAACAAAAGGAAAUCAUCGCUAACAUUCUUUUAUUGAACAAAUUGAACAUUGAAUUGAAUAUAAAAGGUUUCAUUUUAAAGUGCAGUUUUCUGCUGAUAUUUUUCAACCAACACAAAAAAUAUCUGCGUGUCUUUCGCAAUAUCUUGCACCGUUUCACAAUAUGUAUAUUGCACCAGUUGAUAUCGCAAUGACGAUAAUAAUAAAAAAAACGAUAUAUUGUGCAGCCCUCGUCCGAAGCAUCACAUGAAUUCGUCAGCUGUGUGGGCGGAGUUAGCAACGGCUUUCAGCUGCACGGCUUCCGGGAAGGCUGCUCUCUGCAUCCUCGCUCAUAUCUCCUCAGAGAUCCUUUCUCUAUCCUCGAUCCUCGGGGCAGGAGCAAGAGCUUUGAGACGGCUUUAACAAAGGAGGGCCAGACCCACCUCGGGUUCAACAGAGGAGCAAGGAGCGAAGAGCUAUCCAAGAAGAGAAGUGAGAUUCAGCCUGUGUGUGUGUGUGUGUGUGUGUGUGUGUGUGUGUGCGCGCGCCUCAGAGAAGGAAGCUCAUACUGAAGCUUUAUUCACUUCCUGUGUUUAAUUUUUUUUUGUUUGACCUUAAAAACACCAUCAGACUCCUGUGAUCCAUAUGAUGGCCUGAUGAAUUCCAGAGUGGCGUCACUGGAGAGAAAUGACAGUUGGAUCGUCCACGGACAGUUUCAGCCUAAUUUGAAACCCGCCACAUUAAGAAGCCAAAAAGACUCCACCUUUAUUUAAAAGCCUGACCAGCUUACUGUAACAUGUAGAGCACUUUAGGUGGAUGCCCGUGCCCACCUUUAAACACAUACCAAAGAGAAGAACAUUGACUGAAAUGGCCUUUUUCUUGAUUGCUGUUUUUUUCCACAGCUAUCAUUUCAUUUUUUUUUUAUAUAAUACUGUAUUUCUGUGUGUGUGUGUGUGUGUGUGUGUGUGUGUGUGUGUGUGUGUGUGUGUGUGUGUGUGUGUGUGUGUGUGUGUGUAAACUUAAAGGGAAAAUCCACCUCAAAACAUGACGACGAAGAGCGACUUAAAUUCAAUGACAUAUCCAGCAGCUUAGUAGAGUUGGGAUAGCAGAAGUCUAUAUCGACGACGUUCCACUUCCGGGAUUGUUCAGGUGCCGCCGGAAAUUCCGCCGAUUGUCCCUCUUUUUUUGGCCAAAUGUCCGUCCCCUUCCUCUUUCUUUGUGUUGGCGUUCU